AUUUGAAAAGAAAAUACGAUUCGCUAACUCACCAGGUGAAUUUACCGAUUUUUUAAGUGGUAUAAACUCCAUUUUAUAAUAGAAAAAUGUCUAAUGUCAGUAACUUGGAACAACAAAUUGCAAACUUGCAAAUUAAUCAUGGGGAUAAUGUAAAAACUAUCAAGUCUGGGAAAAAAAUAGGUCCAGCUGUUCCUCCAAAACCAAAAAAAUCACAGCCACAGAUACCACAAAGUUACACUAUAAAGGCUGCAUCUGUACCAUCUUAUAGUACAGUACUUAAUAAUUCUGGACAAAAUGAAAAAUCAUCAAAUUUGUAUGUGAAUUCUCCUUCACCAUAUGUGCCACUGAAUAUAGAGAAAAAUGAUUUUUCACUAUCAUCCUCCACAAAUGGAAAAGAUGUUCCUAAAAAUUAUCAAAAUAAUGAAAAUUUUUAUGUACACCAAUCAGAUGAAAAAUUUGAACCAAAAUAUGGAUAUGAUGAAAAAAAUUAUUACUCAAAUGUUGGAAAUAUGCCUGCCCCUCAAGUUCCAGUUGAAGAUCAUUUAAGAUCAACAAGAAAAGUUGUAUAUAGCAAUAUAGAUCCUCCAAUACCUAUGCCAGUGAAUAAAGCAGCUAAAACUGAAAAAGAUAUAAUUUAUAGCAAUAUACAAUGGAAUUCUAAACCAGAAAAUACAUAUUGUAACAUUCCUUCUGCACAUAGUAAUGAUGACUUACCACCACCACCAGAACCUUCGGAAUAUGUUCCGUGUGUACCAGGUAGUUCUUUUCCGCCACCACCGGAGGAAUUACCACCCCCACCAAGUCCUGUGUCAUCUAGUUACAGCGAAUUAAGACGCGCAACGUAUCAAACUGAUUUUCCCUCUGAUAAUUAUCCAAAUGAUAUCUAUGGUUCAAGCUCGCAAUCCAGUUCAACCUAUGAAUCUAUAUAUGAACCAAUUAAUCCUAGACCACCAUCACAAUUAUCUUGCAAUUAUUCCAUGUAUUCUGGCUAUGGAUCCGCUACAUCCACUCAACCCCAAGGAAAGGUGUCUCCAGUAAAGGAGGUGGACGUUUUGACUGAUCUAUUAGUCCAAGGAAUGGAGGAUAAUUCUGAAGAUAGCGAUAUAUAUGGUAUUUGUGCACAAUGUGGUCGUAAGGUUGAAGGAGAAGGUACCGGUUGCUCUGCGAUGGAUAAAGUGUUUCAUAUCGACUGCUUCUGUUGUUAUGUUUGCAAAGUCAAUCUACAGGGUAAACCGUUUUAUUCUUUGGAAAGCAAACCCUAUUGCGAGGAAGAUUACUUGAAUACUUUGGAAAAGUGUUGUGUUUGCACGAGACCAAUACUUGAUAGAAUAUUAAGAGCUACAGGAAAACCUUAUCAUCCGUCCUGUUUUACGUGCGUAGUUUGCGGUCAAAGCUUAGAUGGCAUACCAUUUACAGUGGAUGCUACAAAUCAGAUUCACUGUAUACAGUGUUUCCAUAAAAAAUUUGCACCACGUUGCUGCGUUUGUAAGUUACCUAUCAUGCCAGAACCAGGACAGGAUGAAACUGUACGUGUUGUAGCGCUGGAUCGUAGUUUCCAUAUUCACUGCUACAAAUGCGAGGAUUGUGGAUUGGUUUUAUCUUCCGAUUCUGAGGGACGUGGCUGUUACCCUCUAGACGACCAUGUACUGUGCAAAAGUUGUAACGCUACUCGUGUACAAGCACUAACAUCGCAUAUGACGACUGAAUUAUAA